AUUUAUUUUAUUCAUUUUGGAUUCUCACUUAUCACCGUCACGUGGUUAAGUGACAACCGUCGUUUUUUGAUUUAUUUAUAAGUGUUUCAUUAUCAGCUAUCAGUCUAAAUAAGUAAUGGUGAAAAAGUAACGAAAAUGAUAAAAGCAGCCCAAUUUGUGAGGAUAUUUACAAUUACAGAAAAGGAAAUAGAAGAUUCAUGACCAGAAAAGUCUAAAAAUGUGAUGAGAUGAAGAAGGGUAGCUACAAUUCGCAAGAAAUUCGUCCACAAGAAGGUCAGGAACAGUUUCGAAAAAUUUGUCGAAUCAUAAGUGAGAUAACCAAGCGAUUGGAUGAUGCAAGAAGCCGUGCCCAUGGUAUCAAAGAUCUUUUUACGCCAAGUCUGCAUGUCCAAAGGAAUAAGUUUCGCGACUACUGCGAACGGCUUAUAUUCAUAGAUCCAAUACUAUAUGGUCGCAAAACUGAAGAACUACUGUGGCGCAAAUGUUAUUACGACGUCAUAUCGACGGCCAAAAAAUUAAAACAGAAGGAAUUUACAUCCAUUGAGACUUCUGCUAUCGAGAGCCACAUUCAUGCUGGCAUAGGACAUUAUGUUCACUUUAUUAAUGAACUACAAUGUAGAUAUUCGAUUGACUUCAAGGGUAUAAUCGAUUUUGCCGUUUACUCAGAAAUUUUGAAGCAUAACAAGCAACAAUUAGAUUGCAAUUUGAAGGAGUUCAUUGAAGCAUCAUUACACCGUUGCUUAAUUUAUUUAGGAGACUUGAACCGGUACAAGCUGGACAUUUAUCCAAACCAAGAUUGUAAAGUAACCAUUCGUUAUUAUUUGCAAGCAGCUAAUUUCAAACCAGAACUGGGAAUUCCAUACAAUCAACUUGGCACUUUAGCUUCAAAUCAAAAUCAACUCCUUGAUGCCGUUUAUUACUAUUUAAGGGGUUUGAAUGCACCCAUUUCGUUUGAGGGGACUGAAAAGAACUUGAUGAACUUGUUUGAAAAGAACACCACGUCUUGUAUCGAGUCUGAAGCCAAAAAUGACGAAACCAGUGUAGAAAAAAGUGAUAGUAUGAAAAAAUUUAUUUCCCAAUUUCUUUUGCUCGUUGAUUCCUGGAUUUUCAACAAAAACUUGCCUAAUAUUUACCAGCUGUGUCAUCAGUUGAAUAUCGAUAUUCAGGAGUGCCUGCUGUAUCCAAAAAUAAUUAAAAACAAACCAGAAGAAGAGACAGCAACUUCAGAAGACGAUUCAAUGUACCCCUCCUAUCAGAAAAACGACGACAUACUCCUUAAAAUGGUCAUCCUGUGUCUUAUGUCAAUUUCCAAGUUGCAAAAGACACAUUCGCAACAAAUUUCAGUCGCUGUCGCCUUCACAUUAGCAAUUUAUUCACAACUGAAUCAAACUAUACUGAAAUACAUUAAAGAAAACGUUGCAAAUCUACCUGAGCCGUCUGAGAGUCGCUGUGAGUCACGUAAUGGGGUCAGAAAGUGCAAGAUAACUCUAAGAAGACGUAGGAAGAAACAGACAGCUUGUGACGACGAUUCUGACCAGAGUGAUGUAGAAAUUUACGACGAAAUCAGCGAUUUGGGGUCAGAAUUAUCUUACAAUGGUUCAGAAGACGAAGAACUGUUCUCAAGUCUUUCCGACGAAGCCUCAGACGAAGAAGAGGGCGAAGAAGGAACCGAUGUCAAGAAUAGGAAAGAUGUUGAUACCCCAACAUCAGGAAACAGCCAAAAACAACUCAACGAAGAUAUAAAUGGUAUAACAGAGAAUAAAACAACACCAGAGAACAACACUCAUGUCGUCGACAACUACACUUUUAUCAUGGAUUAUUUGUCGAAAAAACAGUCUAUAGAUCUCAGAGUAUUCUUGGACAUUCUGGCUGAGAGGAAACUUCUGAGUUGCAUUAAAGUUUUAACUGACUGGCUCGUAUCCGAUGUGGACAUCCUCAAGACCUGCGGCAAAAACACUAGAUCCCUGCUAGAACAAAUGAUCCAACUUAUGAACGUACUUAACGCCGUCUUGGACAACCCCAAGCUUGAAAAAGAAACCAAAAUUAAUUUGGACGAAGUCAAAGCGGACUGCAAAAAAAUGCCGCUCCCAGAAGAUACCCUUUUAAAGGGCACAGAAAUUCUGUGGCACGCGCACAAAGAUUUGGAAUGGAAUUAUUUCAACACCCUACUUUUCACCAAAGAUGAAAUAGUCAUUAGAAUUGCUAAGUUGGUAUCGUAUGGGCGUCAAAUUGCCGAAAUACAAGAACUAGGGAUUAGUUAUGAAGAAGACAAAAAGAUCUUUGUCGUUUCACCAGAAGACAACAAGAAUACAAUAAAUUUGAAUUCUCACGAGUCGUCAGAACAACAGGACAAGAACUGCGUGUCUCCAGAGCUAUUGUCCAUUAAGAAAUACAGUCCUGUUAAUGGUUUGGAGCCAAAAGGACAAUUAAUGAAGAUGAAGCACAUGGGACAACUGUGGUUGGCCGCCGAGGUGCGCGCUUUAGAAAGCAGGGUCAGAGGGCGUACCGCCUUCAGCCCCUACCUCGUCCUAGACACAGAUGCCCUAAUAAAGUACACUUUUAUGGUUAAGCACUUGGUUAGCUCGAAAAAGUUCAUAGUUUUAGUUCCUUCAGCAGUUGUUUCAGCCCUGGACGACUUAAAACGUGAAAAGACCGAAGCCCGAGACGCAAUUCGUUGGUUGGAGUCACAGUUUCACCAAGGGAAUCGUUUUUUCCGAGCGCAGAGGCCGCAGGAGAAGGCUCCGUUGCCCCUCAUUAAAUAUCCAAAGAAAAAGGACAAGGAUGUAGUUCUGUACAUUCAAAUUAUAGAAUGUUGCCACUAUUUGGUUCAACAACAGAAAGCGGAUAAUCUGGUUACUCUUUUAGUGGGCAACAGGAACAUUUUAACGAAUUGGGAUAACAAGGAAUUGAGUUUCACUGGUCUAGUGCAAUCGGCUGGAAUUAAUAUGGAACUGAUAACAAAAUUCUAUGGAAAAUGGAAGAAAAACUACAGGACUAAAAGAUGAAAUCAACUGAAUAAGAAAUAAGUCGAUGAUAAUGAGAUAAUUUGCAUUCCUUUGGAAUAUAAUAAUACAUUAAAAAAGGUAAUUAUUAACAAGAACAUAUGACAAAAGUAGACCCAUCAUGCAGGCUACAAUUAAACAAACUAUUGUAUCGAGAACUGUAAUUAAUUUUAAACUUGACCUUCAUCAUGUUAGUUAACAAAAUUGAUGUUUUUUUUUUUUAAUAUUAUAAUGGGUUAAUAUCAAUAAAGAUACUUAAUAGCA